UACUAGAAUUUGUUUUCAUGCGAAUAACAUUCUCGUAUUAUAGGCCACCAAAACGGCGAAUAAAGAUAAAUCCAAGAACAAAAUGCGCGAUUUACGGAUCCGCAAAUUGUGUCUUAACAUAUGUGUCGGCGAAUCGGGCGACAGGUUAACUCGUGCUGCAAAGGUUCUAGAACAGUUGACCGGUCAAACGCCUGUGUAUUCAAAAGCUCGUUAUACAGUUCGUUCGUUUGGAAUUCGUCGUAACGAAAAAAUUGCUGUUCAUUGCACCGUCAGAGGUGCCAAGGCUGAGGAAAUUCUUGAACGUGGCUUGAAAGUACGAGAAUAUGAGUUGAGACGAGAUAAUUUUUCACAAACUGGUAACUUUGGGUUCGGUAUCCAGGAGCACAUCGAUUUAGGCAUCAAAUACGAUCCAUCCAUCGGCAUUUAUGGUCUGGAUUUUUAUGUCGUUCUUGGUCGUCCAGGUUACAACGUUGCGCAGAGGAAACGAAAAACAGGUAAAAUUGGUUUUAUACACCGUCUCACCAAGGAAGAUGCCAUGAAGUGGUUCCAACAGAAAUACGACGGUAUAAUUCUAAACAGUAAAGCGAAGUGAAAUGCUUAACAAUGCUUUUUGUCACUAUAUUUGUCAUAAGCUAAUAUAACAAAAAUUUGAAGAAAA